UUCCCUGCUCACUUCCCUAGUUUGAGUCUGAUCUAAUAACCCACGGACUGAUGCAUUGGCAUGAAUGACCUUUGGUCUAAUUGAGCAUAUCGUGUUGCGCAGGGAUCGUGUCCCAAACAGGGCCAGGUGGGUGUUCCCGCGGUAAUCUGAUGAAUUCCAGCGAAGGUGAGGAGAGUGGUGACGUCUCAGACUCCUGCGUGCUGCCAGAGGAGUCCAUGGCAGAUGGUUUCCAGCAGGAUCACAUAUGACAUGCGAUAACGUUACAGUCAGGAAAGGUUCCCGUGUGGCCACGUCUGAGAUCAGAAGAGUACACAGGCAACGCGGAGCCUUUGGUUCCUCCCAGAGGAUCUCCCAAAUAUAGAGCUUAUGGUUCAUCAGGACAGAGAAACCUCCUCAUUCCUCUGGUUGUGCUUACAACAUAUUUCAAAGCAGUGCAGAUUUACUCAUAGAAUGCACAGCGAUGCCAGCUGGGUUUUAGUGCUUGACAUUACAAAUGCCCACUGGUCCUGUAUGUAAACCUCUCUGACUGAAAAGGAACAAAAUCCAAAGCACGGUUGUAGUUCUCUGCUCUCAUCAUUUAUGGCACAGAUCUUACUAAGACAUUUUCAUUAGUUGUAAAACAUCACAUCAGGGCAUCCUACUGUUGAACAUGACUCAUGGGGUGGAGUCUGGCCCUGAAACUCACCAGGAUUCUGCUGCUUUAACAUAUCUGGAAGGUUUGCUAAUGCAUCCGGUCACCACUGGACCUGCUGCCACUGCUACACAGAGGUCAGAACCUGUCCAAAACAAUGAAGAGAAUGCCAACAGGGUGACUAGGGUGUUUCAGCUCCCUAACCAUGGCUCCCCAUCACAAGACAAGGGUAGCCCACCUAGUGCGGCCUCACAGCACCUUAAAAAAGCCAGGCUGCUUCGCUCAGGAGCAUGGAGUGGAGAUGACAGCCAGAAACGAACAGGCACUGUAGCAGAAGUGAACGGACAGAGAAAGGAGCACUACAAAGGAGGCCUGGAUGGCUCUGAGCAGGGGGAAAGCACCUUGCUGGCUUCUCUGCUGCAGUCCUUCAGCUCUCGGCUGCAGAGUGUUGCCUUGUCACAGCACAUUUCUCAAAGCCACAAACCGCUCGACAGGGAUAGCAGUGAAAGUGCUCCUGCUGAUAAGGAAACCUGCCAGAGUUACGGCACAGCAUCAGGCCGCCUAAAAAGCCUCAUGAGGAAAAGCAAGCAACAGAACCAUAACAACGUGCCUUACUGUCGGCAGAGCAACCAGAACCGAAGCCCAGAUUCUCCUCAUUCUUCUCAAAGCUCUGCCCAGCCCACUAGCUCUGAAUCCAUGUCCUGCACUGAGCGACUCAAGGCUGUUGCCAACAUGGUACGGACUAGGUCCAGUCCGGCCUCUUCACCCAAGCCCAGUGUCGCCUGCAGUCAGCUGGCCUUGUUGCUGUCCAGUGAGGCUCAUCUACAGCAGUACUCCAGAGAGCAGGCCAUAAAAGCACAAUUAACCAGUCGAUCAGCCAGCGAGAGGCUAGCAGCCAUGGCUACUCAACAAACACAGGAUAAGAGGCCUCCCAGCAUGGGGCAGCCAACAACUGCCCCAGACAUGCUAAGCUCCUUAAAUGUUCAAAAUGGAACACUCCCCCCACCAGAGGUAAACUCCAGUAAAAAAAGCCCUUCCCUUUCCUCACCCUCCAUGAGACCCCCCAAAGAGAGACGGCCCUUCGACAGACAAAGUCGACCGCCACAAAACUGCAGCAGUCUGUUGCUCCUACUUCUGAACAAUCACAACUCCCAGCAGCAGCUCACCAGGAAUGGACACCUGGAGGAUGACUAUGGCAUCCUCCCAAGCCGGGCCUCCUCCCUGCAGUCUGACAGCGAGUACUCCAGCCAGGAUAACAGCCUGACCAAAGACAGCAGUGAUGCUGAGAGCUUCUCCAGCUGUUCCCCCAUCGACCUCUCCAUGAAAAGCAGAGUGCCUAGCCAAAAAUCCGAGGCCUGCUCUUCCUUAACCCCCUCUGUGGAUAAGCUCACAGAGUCUCUCAUAAACAAGUGGAAGCCGGAACCUUCUGUGCCAAAGGUCUGUGAGGCCACAGAUCUGGAUACCAGCCCAGACGUAAAAUCCCAUGAUGAGGUCACUCUAAUGCAGUUACUGCUGGACCGCAGAAAUAACGAGAAGGUAAACAAAAGUUCAGAUAAUCCUAGUUUACGGCCUGACGCAAUAAUCAGCAGCUUGACUGCAGGCCCACUUAAACAGAUUGGCACACCUGAGGACAGCAGAACUUGGAGUCCUCUGGACCAGCAAACAGCUACCUUCAGCUCGAUCUCCCCUUCGUACUCCUUUCCCUCACCCCAUGCCCAGUCCAGUCCCUUAGAUCUGUGUAAGUCUAAAGCUCACUCAAGUGAAAAGACGCUGGAGCCUCCUUUCAGUGCCAGCAAGCUACUACAAAAUAUGGCCCAGAGUGGUAAAAACAACUUUUCACCCUCUCCCCCUCACAAGCCGACAAGCAGAAGGCAAAGCCCAGAACUUGAGCUUGACAAGCCUCAGGCACUUUUGGAUCAACUUGUCGUUCCACACAAGCGGAACAGAGCCUCCAUGAUAGAUGGAGGUUCCCCUCCUGCUCUCCCAGCUCACAAAUGUGAGAGAUCACCCUCUGCAUCAUCCCAGAUAGAAAACCUUCUCGAGAAGCGCACGGUACUGCAGCUUCUGCUGGGAACAGCUUCCCAGAAGGAAAGAACCAGUGGGCACAGAGUCUUUGAAAUGACCUCAGGGGGGCUGGAGAAACCUCAGAGGGGCUCUGUCAACUGUGACAGCUCAAACGGACCUUCUCCGCACCUUAAGAUCAAAACUGAGCCAGUAGAAGAGAAUCUUUCAUCAGAUAGCUCCGAUGAUGGGCUGUACCAUCAGAGACGAUCAUCACAACACUCACCCAUUGUUGAUGCACGGGACACAAUAAAAUCUGAACUAUGUCCAACAGAAACAGCUGCUAAAUUUGGACUUCUCAGCCAGCUUUUGAAACAGCAGAAUGCUACCUACCAUUCAAACCCACAUACCAGGCUCUUCAGGAACUCUAUAAAAGAGGAGCCAGUGGAUUUUCAGAGCCCCGUUCCUAAGAAAAGAAAACUGUGCAUUAAGCUAGCAGAGCACCUAAGUAAUGAACUCUGUCAGCCGUCUCGAGAUACCACUAGUGACAAUCUGGUGUCUGGAACACCUGAAGUUAAUGGUAGAGGGCUGGCAAAACCAAAAGAAGAAGAGUUAGUAGGGAGUCCUAGGAGCAAAACGCCUCUCUCCAGAGAAAGCCAAGGCUUCAAUGUUCUUAAGCAACUCCUCCUGUCGGAAAACUGUCUGAAAGAGCUAUCCCAACCCAGAGGGACCCCAAGUCCCUUCAUCCCUCAGGCAAACUGUGCAGCCAAUGGGAACUUAACCCAGUCUUCUUUCCCUCAGGAGUUGUCGAACUUACCGUGGUACCCCUAUUCUCUCAAUACAAAUCCCAAAACAGCACCUGCACCUGUUGAUACCACUGGGGGGUCGCUAGUUUGGGCUAAGGGCUCUCCCAAAGCCAGUCCUAAACCUGUUAAAAAAGAACCUGAGGGGUCUCCUGCAGAAACUUUUAGCAGGGAGGAGAGAUCCAGUGCAGACUCACCCCCUUUAACCAGGUCUAAUCCGAUUCUUUACUACAUGCUUCAGCGGGGAAACGGUCAGCUCAGACCUGAGAUCCGGGAUCAGGUGCAGCCGGCCCACUGCAUCGUGGGUGCAAAUGUGGAGUCGUGUAUUGACUAUGAGCACAGGAUAAACUCUCCAGUCCACAGACAUACCCACAGCUAGAUAUAAGAGAGCCUAAACGGCUCUAUGGAAAAAUGGUAGAUAUGAACUACCAAAGACAGAGAAGCUGAAGAACUGUAUGGUGAUUUGUCUAUAAUAUCUGUUUUUUAAAUUUUCAUUUAAAAACAGAAACUGAAUAAAUGUAACCAUGGGACAUGGUAAUUCAGUUUAAAACAUUGGCUUUUUGCCACUGCUUUAAAUGAUUUCAUUUGUCCAUUUGGUUGAUUUGUUAUUUUUAUUGAUGUCAUUAGGUGAUUCUCCGUGAUAUAAUUAUUUUGUAUACACAUUGGAAUGUUUUUUUUUUUUUUGUAUGUAUGCUAAGCUAACUUCUUUGUCCAGCACAAUGUAAAAUGUCCACCAUGAAAAGCUUUUCUUUUUUCCACAACUAAAACAUUUAUGAAGAACAUCCUAUUAUGUGUAUUAUUGAUGAAUCCAGAAAUGUUACUGAUAAUUUCACACUAUAUUUAUCUACAGCCAAAUCAGGACCCUUUUCAUUUUAUUGAGGCAAAGAAAAUUGUACAGUCUAAGCACAAUAUUGGAUUUGUGGCAUUGAAAUGUCCAGUUAUAAAGUAUAUUUUCUUACAGGAGAAUUUAAAGGAACGUCAGUGUAAUCUAUCAGGUAUCUUUCUUGUAAAGCUAGCUGAGGUCAAGAGGGUUUUCACAUGUGAGCGCAAGGCAACAACAUUUACUGGAAUGUUCUAUAAUCGUAGUCUAGUCAGAUUUACAGUGCUUUAUUUUUCAUCAGGAAUGAAACUAUAGCUGUUAUGUGGAGAUAAUGGCAUGACGUUAAAAAAAAAAAAAAAAGUGUCAUAUUUUUAGCCAAUGAAAUGUAUCUUUUUACAAUUUCAUAUAAUUUGUUGUUUUGUAUCUUAUCUAAAAAUCCUGUAUGUAGCAUUCACGGUGUCGAUUUUGGGAAUUGAAUAUUGAAAGAGAUGAGAUAGUUUGUCCACCACAGCCAUAAGGGGUAAUUACGAUAUUUAUGGAUACUGUUUGAAUCAGAUGCUCUACUGUGAGAAGGGAUUGGAAUUCAGUCUGGUUCUUUUGUUUGUUUGUUUUUUAUGUUCACUUUAUUUGCAUCUUUUCAGUUUUUUUUUUUUUUUUUUUUCAGAUAAAGGCCCAUCACUCAAGUCUUAAACAUUAUCCAACAAAAAAAAAAUUACAGAUUUUAUUCCACGUUCUCUGUACGAUUCAUAUGUUUUAACAAUGAUUAGAUACAUGUAUGUAAAUAUUGCUUUCAAGAUGACUAUUUUGUAUUGUUCAAGAAAAAAAAAAUUACUUUUUAACGUCUUGCAUUGUACAUAAGAAAACUAUAAUAAUGUAAAUAUGGGUACUGGAGGACGACAAUUUUCUGCAUGUCUGUGUUGUGCUAACGAUAAUCUUUGUUCACAUCUACUGCUCUGUCCGAGGCUCUUUGCUGCCUGUAGCAUGCACACGCAUGGGGAGUCCCUGUGUUAUGGGGAAAUGUCAAGUCUUAAAAUAGAUGUUUUUAUCAUGGAGAGAUGGGUACUUAAACCAUAAUCGUCUGCAAACGCAGUCCUUGACUGUUCAAACCUGCGGAAAUAUGUGCAUAUUUUUUCCUCAAUGGUUUUGUUUGUUCUCAGUUUUAAAAAAAACAACAAAAAAAACAACAUUGCUUUAAUUUAGAGACACUCUGCAAUGUUGUGGCUCUGCAUUGUGAAUAACUAAAAAAAAAAAACUUGUUUUCAUAUACUCCUGUGAUGACUGGAGACUUUUGGUUUUCUUAUGUUCUGUCUUUGGUGUUUAUUUGCACUGAUAGCGUAAUAAAAUAUUGAAAUGCACAGAA